AUGGGCCUCAGAAUUGAAGGGAAGAUCGCGAGGGUGAACGGGAAGGAGCUGCGAUAUGCAGAGUUCGCAGAAAGAUAUCUCACGAAGAACCAGCCCGUCGUGCUAACGGGGCUCAUGGAGGGGUGGAGGGCUUGCGAGGACUGGGUAACCGACGAUGGGCGCCCCAAUCUGGGCUUCCUCUCUGCCCACUUUGGGGUUUCCAAAGUUACGGUAGAUCUCUCACUCUGUCUCUUGGUUUCUCUCUCAACCUUUGUCCUUGAAGAUAGCGGAGGUCGGUGAUCGUUGAUGGGCAGAAUGUACAGAGCACGACUCGGAAAUCGCCGUCAGUUUCCUUUUAGAGCUCUGUCUCCCGCAUUUUCGGAGGCUUUAGUGUUUGUUCUAUAGGAGAAGAUGAACGUAUGACAGAUGACUGCACUACUGUCGAUCCUUCUUUGCAUCUAGCAACAGCAGUCUCAUGCCUUAAUAUUUGCUUACAAAGCAGAUAAAUUAGUAGAUUUUUCUGCAAUCUUUUCCAAGGGUCUAUUGAUCCUGCACGAUAAACCCUAGUUUCUACGGCCAAAUUGUGAAUAUUAUCUUCCAAAAUCCCUCUGUCAAACCAUGAAUCUUUCCGAUGCUACUUAAAGCACCUGUUCUUCGUAUUUUCUUCAUGUCCACCGGCAGUCCCCAUCUCCUGUGCGUUUAAAACACUUGUUCUUUCUAAUGAACCUCUCAGUGGAUGCGCAAUUGGAUCCGCUGCAUGUAUCCAAUCUAUUCGCCUUCUUACUGGAGAAGUUCUCCUUUGACUCAUGCGACUUCUCUUAUCUCUACACUUUCUUCAGGUUCUCAGCAGAGCAGUAAACGCUAUUGUGACCACUGUUAAGGAUCGAAUGCUUCACCUCUUUCUAACUUGUGCAAUAUUCAAUUUCUUUCUUGUGUUUACGACCUCCUCAUACAUUGUGGAAUAAGAUUGAUAUGCUGUCAUUUACUUGUUUUUUGGCAUUAAAAAGAACCACAUACAUGCUAUCUCGCUCUGUAUAUGGGUUAUAUUUUGAGGUUGAUAUGCUGUCAUUUACUUGUUUUUUGGCAUUAAAAAGAACACAUACAAGCUAUCUUGAUCUGCAUAUCGGUUAAAUCUUGAGGUUUGAUGGAGUUUUUUUUUAAUGAUAGCACUUGAACAUUGGUUCAUUUGACUUUGGCAAUUCUUAGGUAAUCAUAUAAUCCCUACAGCUACUCCAUCAUUCAUCUCUGACUAUUGUUCAGAUUAAAACCAAUGCUGCCUUGGUCUGCUAGACUAAUUACCAUCUUUACUCCUGUCUCAUCUCUAGUGUUCCAUUUUUUUGUGGAAAAUUUUGAAUACCCUGCGUUGUUAGGAAGAAGAGUAUGGGAUUCUUUUUUUUUUUUUUUAUGCUAACUCGAGCCCGUCAAAAACCUGUAGGUAGCGGACUGCUCCAGAAGGGAGUUCACUGAUCAGAAGAGAACUGAAAUGUCUGUUUCAGAAUUCAUGGACUACUGGGAGAUGUUUUCUGCUGGAAGCUGUCAUAGUAAAAAUACGAAUCUCAAUGAAGAUUCUCAGCCUCUUCUUUAUCUCAAGGACUGGCAUUUUGUUAAGGUAUGAUGCGAGUUUCAUCAGCUUUCUUUAUUUUUCUUAAUUUGGAGGUUGCUUCAAUGAUCUUUGUUUCAUUUUUUUUUCCAUUUUUUGUUCUGGGUUGGAGAUACCUUUCCUUGAAAUGAGGCAGGGUUGUCCUUGGCAUCCACGUCUAACAAAAAGGUUGCAACCAUACAUGAAAAUCUUUUGAAUUUUGAGAAAAUAGUUGAUUAUGAAUGAGGAACUAGACAGAUACUGUGCCAUUUUAGGUUAAAAUGUGAUAGGUUUUAUACAGAUUGGAGACUAAAUAUUUCAGAGCUUGUGCUUGUGCAUUUCAGUGCUUGUGCAUUUAGAGGCUGUAAACAUUAUACCCCAAUGUAAAAAAAAACAUGGGAAUGGUAAAUAUUUCAUCUGACGGAAUUUUAAACUAUCGUUCAAAUUAGUUUUCUUUCCUCACCAUCUUUUCAGUUGAUCCUCAGGAACACCCUGCAUAUGUGGCGUACGAAACCCCAUCAUUUUUUCGUGAUGACUGGCUUAACAUCUACCUCGACAGCUACAACAUGCACCAGGGUUCAAAAAUGCAGCGUGAUCAAAAUGAAAUAAACUGUUCUGACUAUCGGUUCGUUUACAUGGGACCCAAAGGUUUGUGCUGAUAUGAUAGGAUGUAUUACUGCUAUUGACAUUUGUUUUGCUCUCUGGUGUCUUUCAUUUGAGUUGCCCUCAGCCUCUUGUGUGCACUUUUCUUCGUUUUGUCCAUCUGUCUGUAAGUGUUUCUCUUGAUCCAAUUUUAUAUUGAACCUUUACCUAGAUACUGUGCUCCGCUUGCCCAGGUACUUGGACUCCUCUUCAUGCUGAUGUGUUCAGAUCUUACAGCUGGUCUGCAAAUGUGUGUGGGAAGAAGCACUGGUAUCUUUUACCACCUUUCCAGAGCCGGCUUUUGUUUGACAGGUAUGUCCAGGAUUCCAAGUAUGCUGGUAUAUUGUCUGUCCAGCUCAUAAGUUCGAGCUGGAUGAACUUUCUAUCCAUAGAAAAAAUUGCAAAACUACAUUCUGCCAUUGUACCACAAGUUUGCCUUCUUCAAACCCGUUUGGUAAUUCAGAUUGGAUCGGCAGUGUCUGAUCCGUUCUUUGGGUGAGAGGGAUCUAGGUCUUACACUUUCAGUAAUUAGUAAAAUUAAAAAUAAAAAAAAACCCAUUUAAGAUGAGGUCAAAUUGGUCGGUUCUAUGGAAAAUCUGAUUUCAUCUCAUUCUGAUUUCCUAAUUUCCGGCGAGAGCAUUGUCACCUGAGAAAAAAUGCAAGAGACCAGAACCCGUCAUGAGCAGUGGAAAACAGAGGAAGAUGAAGAGUGAAGGGCAGGUGCAAAGAAAAAAAAAUAGCGAAUUGAUGAGAUGACAUCCGCUGCCCCUGCUUGCAUGAGAAAGGGGAAUUGUCGUUGGGGAGAGUGAUUUAGCAUGCAUCUCAUUUAUUUAGAAAAACCCUCAUUAAAAAUGUCAAGGUAUAUAUUUUAUAAGUUAAUAAGGUGAGAACCCCUCCCCCACCAACCCACCCCCCCCCCUCCCCCCCCCUGCCACUCAGAAGCACUGAUCACAUCCUCUUCUUACCCUUUUGUUUCAUAUUUUUGGUUUAGAGAAUUUCUGAGAGAUGAAAGUUAGCCUAAAAUUCACUGUUCAUGCAUCUAAUGGUGUAAUUCAUAUCUGAUUAUUUUCAUUUAAUUCGGACAAUUACUAUUUUUCAUUGAAUGCAUACAGAAACCAGAGAAAUACUGUCUACAACAUCUUUGACGAAGUCUGUGAAAAUCAAUUCCCAGGAUUUCCACAGGUAAUUAGUCAUCAUAUACUGUUCCUUGACUAGUUCUGUCUAAUCUGAGUGCUUAUUUUAUAUACAGACUGUUUGGUGGGAGUGUGUUCAAGAAAAAGGUGACAUCAUUUUUGUCCCUAGUGGAUGGUUUCAUCAAGUUCAUAACCUGGUAAAGUUUGCCGCUCAUAUUUUGCCAUCUGUAGGCAUUAUCAUGGUUACCAUUCAUUUGCUUUCUUACUUAUCCAUUCCCUUAAAUGCUGUAUAUUUCAUCGUUCUGGCUAAUCUUGCAAUCACGUUUCCGCCUCUCGGCGCUUUGAACUGUUACAUGAGGCUCAGGAAGUUGUAUUCCUGCUGGAUGUGCAUUACAGUUUCCUGCUCAUCUACUGUUUAGACUUCAAGCAAGGUGCAUAUGCUUCGUUAUUUGGUUGUGUUUUGACAGUGAAAUGGACGAUCAUGGUUGUAGUUGACCAUUAGUUAUUUAUCUAAGUAUCUACUUUCACGGAUUUUAAUUUUUUUUUUACGCUCAUUUAGGAGCAAUUUAUAAUUAUCUUCUGGUCUUACAGGAAGAUACGAUAUCUAUAAACCACAACUGGUUUAAUGGCCACAAUCUGGACUUCGUGGUGAGUCAACGCUAGAAAGCUUGGUGAAAUUUAUGUUUUGCUUUUUUCUUCACACUCGAUUUCAACACUUACUGUUUUCGCAGUGGAAUUUGCUCCUCAGUGACUACUGUGAAGCGAAGAACUACAUAGAAGACAUCCGCGACAUAUGUGAUGACUUUGAGUGGCUGUGCCAGAGGAAUCUUGCAGCGAACACAGGUAAAUGAGUACGACUUGACUUGACCAUUUUAAGGAAAGUCAAAGAACACUUUGCUGAAACUGCCGCCUUCUUCGUUUCUUGACUACCCACAGGCAUGAACUUCUAUGACUUCUUCAUAUUCAUCGUUAGAUGGACAGUGGCCAGCUCGGUCUUGCUGCGCCAGCUGAAAAGAGAGGAAAGCUCGCUCUUCUCCUCGUUGACCAAGGUGGUCCAGCACCUCGUCUCUAACCUAAUUGCAGUAUACAAUGUCGCUAAGGGUAUGGAGUCUGUCGAAGCAUUUACCGAGGAUAAUCUGCCCAGAUACUCAGGGGAAGAUUGGAGUUUGUUGUGUGAUGUCGAUAGAACAUUGGGAGAGGAUGAAUUCCAAGAAUUCGCCAGGGCCAUCAUGGAAUCGAAUGGCCUGAACGAUGAACUGAAGGAACAAGAUCUUGAGUUGAACAGCGAAUCCUUCCUUUCAGAUGGCUACUUCUCUGCGUGCUUCUCCCCUUCAGUUCUUCAGAAAUUGGAUCCACUCUGUUCCUCCAGGGUCAGCCUUUGCAGCCCCGGUGAUCUUCUGAGACUGAUCGAGCAUUUUUUCCUUGGCCCAGAUGGCGUAUGCAGUGGGCUUGAUCUCAGUUUAUUCCCAGAUAUCCCAUUCAAGAGUUAG